CUUACGGCUACAAGAACGUGAUGACGAAAGACGCUUCCUCUUUGCCGCAUCUACUGCGAGGAUGAAGACCAUUCUCAGCAAUCAGACUGUCGACAUCCCAGAAAAUGUCGACAUCACUCUGAAGGGACGCACAGUUAUUGUGAAGGGCCCCAGAGGUACCCUGCGGAGGGACUUCAACCACAUCAAUGUAGAACUCAGUCUCCUUGGAAAGAAAAAGAAGAGGCUCCGGGUUGACAAAUGGUGGGGAAAUAGAAAGGAACUGGCCACCGUUCGCACUAUCUGCAGUCAUGUGCAGAACAUGAUCAAGGGUGUUACACUGGGCUUCCGUUACAAGAUGAGGUCUGUGUACGCUCACUUCCCCAUCAACGUCGUUAUUCAGGAGAAUGGUUCUCUUGUUGAAAUCAGGAAUUUCUUGGGCGAAAAAUACAUCCGCAGAGUUCGGAUGAGGUCAGGUGUUGCUUGUUCAGUAUCUCAAGCCCAGAAAGAUGAGUUGAUUCUUGAAGGAAAUGACAUUGAACUUGUAUCAAAUUCAGCUGCUUUGAUUCAGCAAGCCACGACAGUUAAAAACAAGGAUAUCAGAAAAUUUUUGGAUGGUAUCUAUGUUUCUGAAAAAGGAACAGUUCAGCAGGCUGAUGAAUAAGAUCUAAGUUGUCCAGCUAUAGAAACACCAAGAUGCCGAAUGAUUUUCACACUUAUUUGCGAUAUUUUAAAGAUGCAAUAAAAGCCUCGUAUUGAUUUGGGACUUUUUUCUUAAACUGA